AUGUUCCCCAGAACCUACGCCGUCCUUGGCUCAACAGGCAACUGCGGCACAGCGCUCAUUGAGAAUUUGCUCAAGACGCCUGAUGCUCGGAUUCACGCCUACUGUCGCAACCGACCAAAACUCCUGCAGAUACUCCCUGACAUUAAAGAAUCAGACAGGGUUAGCAUCUUCGAAGGCAACAUCCAGGAUGGCGAACUUCUACAGUCAUGCCUGCGCAACUGCCAUGCCAUCUUCCUUGUUGUCUCGACAAACGAUAACAUCCCCGGUUGCCAUCUUGCACAGGACACCGCCACCGCCGUAAUCCAAGCGCUUCAGGAUCUCAAACGCAACAACCCCACGUCCACUGUCAUGCCUAAACUGGUGCUUCUUUCGUCCGCUACGACCGACAGUCAUCUCUCUCGUGACGUCCCAUCCCUCCUACGGUUCAUCCUCCACCGGUCUGCAUCCUACGUCUACGAAGACUUAGUGGUCGCGGAGAAGCUUCUCCAUGCGCAGAAAGAUUGGCUGACCAGUAUAUUCAUUAAACCGGGUGCCUUGUCGGUCGAUAUUCAGCGGGGUCACGCGCUGAGCCGGACGGACCAAGAUGGCCCUCUGUCAUAUCUCGACCUAGCGGCCGCCAUGAUUGAGGCGGCCGACGAGGAAACGGGCUGUUACGACAUGCAGAGUCUGGGCGUCGUCAAUACAAAUGGUAGGGCGAAGUUCCCUGCGGGUACCCCGUUGUGCAUCCUGGUUGGUCUGCUGAGGCAUUAUUUUCCUUUUCUGCACCCGUACCUGCCGAUGAACACGGGGCCGCGGUGA